CAUCUCCAGGGUUUUUCCAGGGUCAGCGAGGUAGUCAGCGAGGUAGUAUUACCCAGCACGGUCAAUACUGCAUAGAAUGGAAUUGUUAGAGGGACCACGAUUUCCCCAGAUUAAUCCAUGAUUCAUGAUCGCAUAAAGAGUUUAUAACCUUACUCUCCACCGAGCCCCGUCUCCGACGGGGACCCGAAACCGUCGAAGCACUCGGAUUGGUCACUUUGACAGCAAAGUUCUCGUGUUGACCCAUGACUCAGUCACGAACUAUACGGGACCCAUUGAGAUUCAGAGAUGCGAAUUGAAAGUAUAAGACCGGUCUGCAAUGACUCGGCUUUAAUUGAAUCCAGGAACCGAUCUCUAGGCAUUUACAAUUUCCUAUUUUCUUGCCAGCUCAAGAUCAACCCAAACCCCCCACCAUACAAAACCCAUCUACAACAAACAUCAAUCUUUCCAGAAAAACAACCACCAACAAAAAUGACCACUCAAAAUGACAUCGCAAAACACUUCCGCACCCUCCACAGCCCCCAAGACCCCCUAAUCCUCACAAACAUAUACGACGCCAGCUCCGCCUCCGUCAUAGCCUCCCUCCCCACAACCCGCGCCAUAGCAACGGCCUCCUUCGCCGUCGCAGCCACCCUCGGCGUAGACGACGAAGACCUAACAAAAGCCCAGAACCUUUCCGCCCUGAAAACCAUCGUCUCGACCGUGCGCCGCAUUAACCCUACCCUCCCCGUCACGGUCGACCUCCAAGACGGUUACGGCAAUGAUCUCCCCGCGCUAGCGGCUACUAUCAAGGACGCUAUCGCACUCGGCGCCGUGGGCUGUAACAUCGAGGAUAUGGAUAAUGCGGCCGGUACACUGCGCCCGCUAGAUGAAGCCGUUGCGCGGGUACGGACGGUCGUCGAGGCGGCAAGGGAAGCCGGGUGUCCUGAUUUCGCAUUAAAUGCGCGGACAGAUGUGCUCUUCCAGGUCGGAAAGACGUUGGAGGAUGCCCUUGAACGGGGAAGGGCGUUUUUGGAGGCUGGGGCUUGGACGGUGUUUGUUUGGGGGGGUCCUGGUGGGCGCGGGGUGUCGAGGGAGGAGGUGCAGGUUUUGGUGAGGGAGUUGCAGGGCAGGGUGAAUGUGAAGAUGAAUUUGAGGGAGGGCUUUUUGGGGGUCGAGGAGAUUAGGGAGUUGGGGGUUGCGCGGGUUAGUUUGGGGCCGGAGUUGUGGAAGUGUGCGAUGAAGGCUGUGAAGGAGCAGGCUGAGUUGUUGUUGAAGUAGGUAUAUAGGGUUGAGGUAUAGUUAGUGUAUAUAUACUUUGGUAGAGUAUGGAUAGGGGUGUAGCUACCUUCCAAUGUUUACCAACUAAAGUAGAAGAAGAAACUGCUGUGCGGUGCAAGAGAUAUAUCAUCAAAUAACAAUUAACAUUCAUGAAAUCAUGGCAUAUAUCUGCUGGAAUACAUCAAAUCCACAGCCUGCAAUUUAAUCUCCAGUCCAUCUCCCAACCAUACCUGUGCAUCGCCAUCAUGACUUACUACACGUUGCUGGCCGAGUACAAAUUCCAUUCACACACU